AUGAAAACUUCCGAGCAGCUGGGUGUUCAUAGGGAAUCGGAGGCCCCAGGGGGAGGAGCGCCAGAGGAAGGCCUCCAUGCAGCAGCAGCAGCAGCAACAGCAGCAGCAACAACAACAACAGCAACAGCAACAGCAGCAACAACAGCAGGAGGGGGAGCAGCAGCAGCAACGGCAGCAGUAUCUCUUAAAGCCGAAAGCAUCGAGUUGGGCGCUGUUGCAUGCAGCGCUACACUCGGCUGCUGCAGCCACAAAACCAAGGGGGGCCCCUUGUCCCUGCGGUGUAUAGGCAGAACUGCUGCUGCUCUGCUGCUAACGUUGCUGCUUGUGUGGCAGCUGCGGCGUUUAGGACCUCUGGGGCCCCUGGGGGCCCCCCGAUCAGCAGCAAGCACAUGGGACCUUACGGGCCCCGAUGUCUUGCAUGCAUCUGAUGAUAGUAGAUACACCGCAGGAGACACAGGAGGAGACAUAGGAGGAGACACCUUGUUAUCUAAUCUAAAUGUUAUACAAGAUGAUGUCCCUAAGGAUAUAGAGGAGACACUUGAGCCUCUUAUUGUUCCUGUUGUUGCACAACAGCAGCAGCAGCAGCAGCAGCAGCAGCGAGAGCCGGAGCAGCUCCAGCAAAAAGAGAAGGAGCAGCGGGGGUUGCCUUCUGCUACACUAAGAGGCCUAUCUGCUGCAGCAGAGGAGGGAGCAUCAGCAGCAGCAGCAGCUGCUGCUGCUGCUGCUACUGCAGCAGGAAAGAAGCCAAGGAAGAGUGUUACAGAGGUGACCCAUGAGGUAAUGGUUCAUCGCCCUGCCAGCGAAUUGCAUGCAGAGGAGCAGCAAAAGCAGCAGCAGCAGCAGCAGCAGGAGCAGGAGGAGCAGCAGGGGGAGGAGAGGGAGGAGGAGGAUGAGAAGAAAGAGGAGGAGGAAAAAGGAGAGGAGGAAGGGACAACACCACCAAUAAAGGGGACAGAAGAAUCCUAUACUGAUGAUGAUGAGGACCAAGAGGAAGCUAUAUUACGUAAUUAUUUACGUCCUUUGCGUCUCCCUUUCUUGGAUAGAUUCUCUCCUUAUAUAGGAAAGGGGACAGGAGACAGAUAUAGGCCAGUAGCCCCAAAGAAGAAAACUAUUCCUAUUAAUGGAUACCCGCCAAUCAGCUCUCUUAAAGACCCUCUGGCGAUGAAGAUAUUUGAGCAUGUGGUCAUGUAUGGAGGCGCCAUGGAGAUAACUCGUCCCCUCCUCUUUGAAGAAGGCUUCCUGCUUGCUGAGCCUGUUAUGAGGACAUACUUGAUUACCUGCGACCCGGAGGACUUGGCCGCAGCAUUAGCUGAUCGUAUCUCCUCAACCCUUGAUGAUCUCAUGCUCGUACAGGGUCCAGAUAAGAACCCCAUGAGUGUCCUUAAUAUUAAGAAGUAUGGCCGCCUGGAGAUCCAGCUAUUAAGUAGCACCCAGCAUAGUCCCCUUGAUGUACCUGCCCCUUACUCUACUGCUAUGCGUCCUGUAUGGCCAGUAAGGGAGGAUAUUAUAACAUCUACAUCCGCGGAGGCUACGGAGCUUAUCGAUGCAAAGAUAGCUAGGGGACGAGGUGUGUUGACGUGCCACUUAGCCGAUCUCGAUGUUACCGUCGUCGUCAGCCAACCG